CGACAGCACGGAUCCGUCCCCGGUUGCGCACUGCAGGACAAACUCUGGGCACACCAACACCAUGCCGCGACGGAUUGCAUAAGUUACAUAACGCAUUUCACGUGAAACAGCGACGUCCACGGUACCUUUAGGUGCAGAGCAGCGUCUUAGUACAACGCAAACGAGCCCACCAAUGUCUUCAACACGACCGUCUGCGGCGGGUUGGCGGGCAAUGCAAGUUCCCCGGCCGCUGCAGCGACUGUUCGACCGUUUCCCGUUGCUCAUGUACGACGCCAACGAGCUCCCCGCGAGGUCUCAGCAUCUUACCUCCGGCGAACUCCCAACCCUCUACAUCUUCUCCACAGACGAAGACGCCCGGUUAGGCCUACCAAGCUUCAAUCCAGGCUGUCUCAAGUGGCAGACCCUCCUGCGCCUCUCCAACCUCCGCUUCCGCACCCUCCCCUCAACCAACCACGCCUCGCCCACAGGCUCCCUACCCUUCCUCCUCCCCGCCCGGCCAUCAUCACCCACUUCUUCUUCUCCAUCUGCUGCCGCCGGCCCGAUCCCCGCGGACAAGCUCCUCCGCUACGCCCAGCAACACGGCGGAGUCAUACCGCCCGAGAUCCCGGACCACGAAACCAACCGCGCACAAGCUUAUCUCGCACUGGUAACACUCCACCUCCGUAACGCCUGGCUGCACGCCCUGUACCUUGACCCGGCGCACAGCGAGCUGUUGCAAAAGCUGUACAUAGCUCCCGCGUCGUCGUCGGGCGGGGUACAGGCCGCGCUGGCGUGGCAGUUGCGGAGGGCCGCUGCCGAGCAGAUCGUCACGAGCAGCAGCAGCAGCAACGGAAAACUGGUCUCGAGCGGCGGCGCGGACGCGGUAGACGAGGAAUCGGUGUACGCCGCCGCGGGGGAGGCGCUGGAGGCGCUGGCCGCGCUGCUAGCCGGCGGGACGAGGGGGGAAGAGGGGGAGGACAGGUGGUUCUUUGGGGUGGAGCGGCCGACGUGGUUUGACGCGGCCGUGUUCAGUUACACGCAUCUGAUGAUGGAGUUUAUGGGUGGAGAUGAUGAGGAGGAGGAAGCCCCCCCGCCACAACAAGGGGCCAAGACCAAGAUCAAGGCCAAGACGACGCUGGGGACCAUGGUGCAGGACGCCGGGACCGGGGAGUUGGCGAGGCACAGACGGAGAAUGCUUGAGACUGCGUGGCCCGGGUGGGACGGGCGAACGAGAGCGUAGGGUAUGAAAGCUUGUUCAUAUGUAACACUGUGAGGAAGAAGUCAGGAAUGAUCCCGGUGGGGUGUACUAUAUUUGGAGGCAAAAGUUAGACUAGAGCCGGAAGAUACCCAGAGAGACAUGGCAAGUCAAUAUUGCAGACA